AUGCCCAGGAAACCCAAACGAACAGUGACAGACACCGUAUCCACGGCCUCACGCCCCAAGACGCCUGUCAGCAAUGCAUCGGGUAAUGAUGAAUCAGGCAACAUCGAGGACAGCGGCAGCGCUGUCCGACAUUUCCAGCAAAAAUGGGACAUGCCGCUCCAGUUCGUGAACUUCGACCAUCCCUCUCAGGCUAGUGCAAGGCAUCAUCGAAAAAUGGUGAGGAGCCAUGUGACGAGUUUGCAGCAUAGGCAUAAGCGACAGAAGAAGGGGGUGGAAGAGGAUCCGGAGGAUGGCGAGUCUGGUGCUAGUGGCAGUGUAGUGAGCAAGGGGAGGAAGAGGAGAGAGGGUGUGCACGAUGAGGAAAGGGCAGGGGAAAGUUCAACGAGCGACGAUGCGCAGAGACUUGCCUCUUCGCAAACGCGAAGGGAGGACGAUCCUCAAGACCAGACAAUGUUGAAUCAGCAGGUGGCCAUGGGGAGAGUCGAUCCUUUUGGAGCUCGCGAUGUUGACUGGUCGGUCAAUAUACCGUCCUUGAUCGAUCACUACCUGAGCCGUGCACGAGUGUAUAUGAGAUCGCAAGGGUUAGCGGAGGACACCAGACUCCUGCAUCCUCGACUCGUCCAGCCUCGACUCUACCUGGAUGGAUUCCUGUUCAAUGCACUCAUCACCUUGACCACGACAAGCGUCGCGGUAACGAGUGAAGGAAGACGGUGCGAACCUCUUGUGGCGUGGCUCAGGAACAACUUUUUGAUGACUAUCCGAGCGGCGAUUCGACAAGGCUUUGACGAUCGAAAGGUCCUAGCGGUCGGUAUGGCGCUGCUCAUCGGGUGGGAAUUGGACGUCGGAGACGCCGCCACCUGCGAGAUCCACGUCAAAGCAUUGCCAAGCGUGAUGAAUGAUGGCGCAACUCCCAAAGCCAUCAAGAGCGACUUUGACUACGGCGACGAGGGCAAAGUCGCAGUGUUUCGCGGCGGUCGAAAGAUGCCACCAGGAUUCGCUUUCUACGGCUCGCAGAACCUCUUGCCGGGAUCACUCAUGUUCCACGUCGGCAGCUUGAUGUAUUAUGACCCGUCAAGAGAAGGCUCGAGUAUAUGGAUGAGAGAGCUGUGGGGUUCCAUUGGGGCCUGUGCGCCAACUGAAGUCGUCGCAUCGAAAGCAGCUUCUAAGCCGACCUUGAGCUCCCGCAUUGCACAGCUGGUUCGACAAGCCGGUAUCAUGCUCGGCUCGUUCAUGAGACUGAGCGCUGGCGAACGUCCCGUCGCUCAGCCGCUCAUAGGUGGUCUUCGGGCGUUAUGGCACGCAACCCUGUCGAAGGACUGGCAGUUGCUGAUCGGGACGAUCUAUGACGAGAUCCUGUUGUGGUGUCUGUGCGUGUUUUGUACGACGUCGGGUUAUCGAGAUCGAGAUCAUCUGGAAGCUAUCGGUCAGUUGCUGGCGAAUCUGGAUAUCCGCAACUUGGACCGUUUGAUUGCUCUGCUGGGGGCGUAUCUCUGUCCACCCGGGUUGUAUGCGCCUUUGGCAGAGCUGUGGAGAUAUUCUUCUAGUGAGCAUGGAUAA